UGCCGUCGAUACUUUUUGUUGUACUUGUACAUUUUUCGCCAAAAAUAAUAAUAAAAGUGAAAAGUUAAUAUAUAUUUGUUGUACAAAUACAAAGAAAAUGCUUGUGGAUUGAUUGGCAAUUUUGCCAUAGAAACGGCCGUAAUAAUACCGAAGUGCAAUACGUGGAUACGCACACGCUGCGGCCAUUUCGUUGGUUGUUGUGCUGCCGGAAGUUCAUGCAUCUUUUUUAACUAACUAACCACAUACCAUAAAAACAAAGCCAAGCGCGCCUUUAGCCUGCUUAACCCGCUGCUCAGACCCAAGCGAGCAAUGUUAAAGUCUACUACAAACACACAGGAACUGCGACUGCCACGCCACGAAGAACUGCAACUACAGCAGCAGCAACAUCAUCAUCAGCAACAUCAGCCGCAGUCGCAGCCGCAGCCGACACAUCAAGUUGCCGCCGUUAUAGCAGCAGUCUCAUCAGCAGCCGCAGCAGCAGCAACUACCAACAGCAACAGCAGCAGCAUGAACACGCUUAAGACCGCGUUUGUGCCCAAUCUCAGCAUGGACCCCAAUGUGAUUAACACCCACUACUGCACCAUAUGCCAUCAGCAGUUCGAUCGUGCCCAGCAUGCUGCGGAGCAUAUGCAGCUAUGCCAUGGCAUACCCAUUUCAACGCUGGAGCAGCACCAGCAACACCAACAGCAGCAGCAGCAGCAACAACAACAACAACUGAAGCCUCUUAGCUAUGGUUGUACUAACUGUGAUGAUAAAUUCGGCAGCGCUCUUGAGGCGGAUGAGCAUCAUCGGCUUACGCAUCAGGCGACGGUGUUUUUGGCGCGCUGCGCCGUCUGCACCAUAUACGGCGUAAAUUCGGUGACGCAGAAUCCCAACGAAUAUAAAUGCUCGCACUGUGGCGCGAUCUGCACCGCAGCGAUGUUGGCGGCGGGUCAGCAGCAAGCGUUUAUGGAGCAUCAAGAGGCGCCAGUGACGCCUGACGAUUUGCCCGCCAUAGCGCCGCGUGAUAUGAGACUGACGCCCGAAGAGCAGCAACAUCAGCAGCAGCAGCAACAACAGCAGCAACAGUUGCAGCAGCAGGAGCAACAACAGCUGCAGCAUCAACAGCAGCAGCAAGAGCAUCAUCACCAGCAACAGCAGGAGCAACAGCGACAGCGUGAGCUGCAGGAGCAACAGGAUGACCUCAAUGACCCAUCAGCGUUGAAGGUGCCGCCGCUUACGGUAAAACUGCUAAAGAACGGCAAUGGCGCGACGGUUACACAUCCGCAGGUCAUCAUUAAGGAGGAGCCGUUGAGCUUGAGCGACAGCGGCGAUGUGGUGAACUCAGUGCCUGUCUAUGCCAUACAAGCGAAUCCGGGUGCACAGCCCACAGCAGCGGGUGCCGCCACCAGUGUGCUGGUCAGCACACAGUCAGUGCCGGCAGAUCUGGCGCACAAGAUACGGCAUAAAUGUCCCGAUUGCCCGAAGACCUUCAAAACGCCCGGCACACUGGCCAUGCAUCGCAAGAUACACACGGGCGAAGCAGACGCCACGCCCAAAGAACGCCCCUACACGUGCUCCUACUGCGGCAAGUCCUUCACUCAAUCGAAUACACUAAAACAGCACACUCGCAUACAUACAGGUGAGAAACCAUUUAGAUGUGGCUAUUGUGGCAGGGCGUUCACUGUUAAGGAUUACCUGAACAAACAUUUAACGACUCACACGGGUGAGAAGCCGUUUCAUUGUGGCUACUGUGACAAGUCCUUUAGUGUAAAGGACUAUCUCACGAAACACAUACGCACACACACCGGCGAAAAGCCGUACACCUGUCCGUACUGUGACAAACGAUUCACGCAACGCAGCGCACUGACCGUGCACACGACAAAGCUGCAUCCGCUCUAGGAGAGGCCCAACGGUGGGCGCUUAAUUGUUGACCCAAAGAAACCAAGCACAAUGGCUUAGUUAGACAAACAAACAAACAAACAAAUAAAACAGAAAAGUAAGCAAGUAAACAACAUGAAACACUCACUGAGAAUAUAUUAUACGAAUUGGAAUGGGCACGAGCAACGAGCAGAGACGGGCAUGAGAUUGUUAAUGGGAUUGAGAUCGAAUCGGAGGAGCAACUAAAAUGAAAGACGUUUUCAAAGACGACACUUAAGAGAGUGGGAGAGCAAGCAAGCAACCAACGACUGGCAAAUCUUCAAAGUGCUGCUAGACUUAAAAAUUAGAAACAUUUUUGCUAACUAAAGUUAAAGAAAGUUGUACAACAAAGCAAGCAAACAAAACAGAAAAUGGAGAAAAAAAAAAACAAAAAGAGCAACAUAAAAAUCAAUAGCAUAACGUUAUGUUUUUUCUAUUGCUUAUAAGCUAAAACAAUUGAUUUGAUUU